UAGCUCAUAGCUUACGCCAUGUGUCCGAUUACUACAAUCAAGCUUUUGUCGACAUAUGUUUCUGCACUUAAGACUUUGUGGAGGGGAAGCUUCUGAAAGAGAUAGAAUGAGUGGAGAAGGAAGGGUAGUGUGUGUAACAGGAGGCGCAGGUUUCAUAGCUUCAUGGUUGGUCAAGCUCUUACUUCUGCGAGGUUAUACAGUUAAAGCCACUGUUCGUGAUCCAAAGGAUCCUAAGAAAACGGAACACUUGCUUGCUCUUGAUGGAGCCAAAGAAAGGCUUCACUUGUUCAAAGCAAAUUUAGUGGAAGAGGGAUCUUUUGAUGGAAUUAUUGAUGGUUGUGGUGGUGUAUUUCACACAGCUUCACCUGUGAUUCUUUCAACGAGUAACCCUGAGGCAGAUUUGCUUGAACCAGCAGUGAAGGGAACGCUGAAUGUUCUUAAGUCAUGUGCAAAAGUUCCUUCUAUCAAAAGAGUGGUUAUAACAUCUUCUAUGACAACAGUAAUGUUCAAUGGAAAACCUCUCAGCCCUGAUGUGGUUGUUGAUGAGACCUGGUUUUCCGAUAGAGCUUUUUGUCAGGAAAAGAAGAUUUGGUAUGCUGUUUCAAAAACCUUAGCUGAGGAUGUUGCUUGGAAAUUUGCAAAAGAAAAUGGAAUUGACUUGGUUACACUGCAUCCAGGAUGGGUGAUUGGUCCUUUCUUGCAGCCAACUAUUAAUCUCACUUUGGAGGUGAUUUUGAACAACAUAAAUGGAGCUCAGAUAUUUCCAAAUGAGAACCUUAGAUUGGUUGAUGUUCGAGAUGUUGCAAAUGCACAUAUUCAAGCUUUUGAAAGACCUUCAGCUAGUGGCAGAUACUGUUUAGUUGCAAGGGUUACACACUUCUCUGAAGUUUUGGAGAUUGUGCAUGAACACUACCCCACUUUGGGACUUCCUGAAAGAUGUGCAGAUGACAAGCCUUUUGUGUCAAAAUAUGAGGUAUCUAAAGAAAAAGUGAAAACUUUGGGUAUCGAUUUCAUUCCUGUGGAGGUUACUCUUAAGGACACAAUUGAAAGUUUGAAGGAUAAGGGCUUUCUGAACAUCUAAAUGAUGUGAUUAUAAUCUUUGAGUGUGUAUCUCUUACCAGUGCAAGAAGCAAGUUCGAAGCUUUGCUCUUUCUUCUGCACAUAAUUUGUUUGUGGUUGAUGUCUAGCUUAGACGUGGUACACUUUAUUGAUUGGUCAAAGGAUUUUAAGAAAUGCUAUUGUAAUAGAGGAGUUUUGUUACCCUUGUAUGCAAUGCACUUGCAGACUUCCAUUUGCUUUUGCAGAGAGGUUGUUUCUGUGAUUUGAAGCCCUGUAUAUUAAUGCGAGAACAUUGUGUACUCUAUAUUAUUCACAACAUUAAUUCGGCCCUUGCGUAUCCAAAA